AGCAUUCAAUCAACUGUCCUUCCACCAUGUCUGUAGUUUUAUUGAACUUUUGUAGUUCUCGAGUGAUCCGCAUCUCCUCCGCCAAUUAACGCUAUUAUCAGUAGAAAAAAAACAUCUCUUCGAAUACCUAUAUCAGAAUAGUACUAUCGGUUAUGAUUUGUGACACACUAAAGCACAUGUCAGAAACUUUAGAGCGAGAAAACGCAAGCUUAAACAUAACAACACAUCCAACACAGACCGGAAGUUAACGGUAUUCUCCAGCAAAAUAAAAGUUGAGGUCUCCUCGCUUUAUUUCCGGUUUGUCCACGGUACCAAGUUGCAUGCACAGUUUGGAUUUAUUGUUUCGGUGAAUGACCUUACGUUUCUCAGCCAGCGUCUUUUUCAUUGCAUGCAAACAAAGAAGCGAAUGUUAAAGAUGUCAAAAUCGCUGUCGUUCCGGUUGCGGCUUAGUUCCGUGAUGGAACUAAUGACUAAAACGGCAAUGGAAGAAAUAUGCAAAAUUGUAGACAGCGAUUUUGCGUUUUUACGACAAGAACUGUCUCGCGUCAUGAGCGAAAACGCAGCUCUUAAAGACAAAAUGCUGUGUGUCGGGAGCGAAAGGCGAGACGAACGCACGCGCAUCACAAAGAAAGGAGCGCGCGCGGCAUCCACAACACACCGGUCCGUUUGUGUGCAAACCGAGGAAGGAGAGCAUCCCUCCAUUAAAGGGAUUUUUGGAAAGGACUGGUGCUCCAGUUUGUGGGAUCGGAGGAAUGAGUCCAGAGGAGAUGAGAUGGCGAUCGACGUCGACUUGUACUCUGUGUCGCCUUAUAAGCACAAAGAACAAACCAACCUGGUCAUAAUCAAAGAGGAGAAUUUCGAAGUGGAUGACUAUCCCAGUUGUACAGGAACGCCUCCCCAAGCUUCAAGAGCAGAGCUGCCAUCAUUCGCAUACGAGCCCUUCAAAAACAACUUUGUGUCUGGAGAUUUCUCAGAAAUGCAAAACUCUCCCUCCAGUUCAUCUGAUCAGCACCCUACAGAAGCUGCCACCGAUGACGCUGUGGACCAGUUGAUUGCACCAAUAGACGACCCUUUGGAAUAUGAUGGUCCAUGUAUUCUCACUUCUCAGCUUUCAGACGAGCACAAUGACCUGUUUUCCUCUGAAGCCCAGGAGAACGAAGAAGCAGAAGUAUAUGCUGCGACCACUGCUGGACAUCGUGUGAAAAGACAACGGGUACAGAAGCUGCCAAAGAGCAUUAGCUAUUAUGAUGACGAGAAUUUGUUGCUUCUCCAAAACGCUGGCCAGAGGAAACAACGCUUUCCAAAGAUCAAAACCAAUGAGAAGUUUCGUUGUGAGGUCUGCGGAAGAUGCUUUCAUUCUAACACCAAUCUCUUGGUCCACUACGCGGUCCACACAGGAGAAAAGCCUUAUAAAUGUAGCUUCUGUGAAAAGGGGUUUUCCCAGAAAGGAAAUUUACAAGCUCACGAGCGCAUCCAUCGAGGAGAAAAACCUUUCAGCUGUGUCAUCUGCGGCAGGAGCUUCACCCAGAAGGUCUGCCUGCGCAACCAUGAACGCAUCCACAGAGGAGAGAAACCUUUUACUUGUAUGACCUGUGGAAAAGGGUUCACUCAGAAAGUCACCCUUCAGCAACACCUCGCUGUCCAUGACAAAACAACAAAACGAGUCCGAAGGAAACCACGGAAAAACCACUGUGAUUUAGACUUCAGCUUCAUGUAGCAUUUGCUCUUGCUUUCUCCAUUGAGAUUGCUGUAGUUGUGUAUAAUUAAGUAGUUUUUCUAAUAUCUCUGUGUGUAAAACUGUUGGUCAGAGGUGUCCAAACUGCAUGGAGGGCUGGUGUCCUGCAUGGUUUAGCUUUAACUUCAACACGCGUCAGUGGAACUUUCUAGUAUACCUAGAAAGAGCUUGAUUUAGCUGGUUCAGGUG